ACUCGUACGGUAUACACUGCCCGCAUCUGCAGGCGCAAGUGCAGCCAUAAGUACCAGCAGCAACUGCGGGGGCGCGCGAGAGAGCAGGACGGAGCUCGCCGCCGAAAACAAAGAACAGCUCCGCAGUGCGUCGCCGGUCGAGUCAUCUCUUUGCGCGUAAACAUCCGAGUUGUAGACACAUCUUCCCUCGCAUCUCGCCGAGUGGAAAAAACUUAACUCUCUCGAGUGGACGAAGAAGAAGAAAACAGUGCAGCGGAGGAUGUCAGCAGGUGCGCGUCGUCGGCCAAGCGGAACGACGUCGUGAAGCGAGAGAGCGCGAGAGAGAGAGAGAGAGCGAGAGCCGGCGUAUAUACACGCUAGGAUACACCCCUCGCAGGGGACAACAACACUCGGGAGUUCCAAGAAGCACAGCGUCGCGGACUGCUCUCGCGUAAUUACACACCGCGCUAGCCAUAGCGUAGAGUAGUGGUCGUCGUAGUCGUCGUCCACUCGUGCAUAUAACGGCGCUUUUGCGCGUCGGACCGAGCAGCGUUACAUACAGGAAGAAGAAGAAGCUAGCGUAUAGCAUUAGUAUAGUAGCGAUGCCACGAAUCCGGGACGAGCUCCUGGAGAAGUUCGAGUUCGAGGAGCACUCGUACAACUUGUUGAUGAGCAGCAUCGACGCUCGUGCCUGCUACAAGCCCUACGAGAAGUAAAAGCGAGCGUAUAGCUGCUGCGCUCGCGUAAUCAGUAGCUAAGCGUGUGUGUCCAACUCUGUGCGUCUCUAUCUGUCGAUCGCUCUCGCGUAAAUAGAGUUGUUCUCUUGUGCAUGGGUUACUACCGCUGACGCUCCUUGUUUAUCUCUGCCUACGCACACACGUAUAUGACAACCGGCCUCUGAUACCCGUUCCAGACAUGACGAACGACAGACAGUCGUGGUUCCGGGGCGUGAGGAGCAGCAAGUUCCGUCACGUGUACGGCGCGCCGGCCAAGCGGGAGAAGUGCUACGACAACAUCAAGAUAACGAAGAACGCCCACGACUCGCAGUUCUGCGCCGUCAACCCCAAGUUCCUCGCCAUCGUCACCGAGGUUGCCGGCGGUGGUGCUUUUCUCGUUUUGCCCCUUGACAACACUGGACGACUGGAUUUUAACGCCAAUAGAGUCACCGGACACACUGGGCCGGUCUUGGACAUCAAGUGGAAUCCCUUCAAUGACAACGUCAUCGCUUCGUCUUCGGAUGACUGCACGGUUAAGCUCUGGCACAUCCCGGACGGUGGGCUGUCCCGAAACCUAACCGACUGGCUGGUGGAGCUUCAAGGCCACAAGCGUCGAGUUGGCUACAUCGAGUGGCACCCGACCGCCGAGAACAUCCUCUUCAGUGCGGGUUUCGACCACCUCGUUAUCGUCUGGGACAUCAGCAAAGGCGAGACCGUCAGUGUCAUCGACAGACAUCCCGAUGUCAUCUACAGUAUGUCCCUUAACAGGGAUGGAAGCCUUUUGGCUACCACCUGCAAGGACAAGAAGCUCCGGGUUUUCGAGCCGCGUUCUGGCAUUAUCGUCUCGGAGGGCGUAUGCCACGCAGGCACGAAAGCCAGUAAGGUCGUAUUCCUGGGUGCCUCUGGUCGACUCCUUACCACAGGCUUCAGCAGGCACUCCGACAGGCAAUACGCAGUCUGGAGUCAGCACGAUUUGUCCGCGCCGCUGACUUGCGAAACGAUAGACUCCAGCAGCGGCAUCGUUUUUCCUUUCUACGACAACGACACGAACGUGGUAUAUUUAGCAGGCAAGGGCGACGGCAAUAUCCGAUACUACGAGGUGGUGAACGAGGCCCCCUGGGUGCACUAUCUCAGUCAAUUCAUAUCCGGCAAUCCUCAGCGAGGCCUGGGUAUAAUGCCGAAGCGUGGCGUCAGCACGGCCAUCUGCGAGGUCUUCAGGUUCUACAAGCUUCACGCUACCCGAGGCAUGUGCGAGCCGAUCUCGAUGAUCGUGCCCCGUAAAAGUGACCAGUUCCAGGAGGAUCUGUACCCGGAUACCGUGGGUACUACCCCUGCGCUUUCCGCCAAGGACUGGAUCAGUGGGAUGAACAGUCCUCCCGUUUUGAUAUCUCUUAAAACUGGAGGCAGCAUUACUACGCACAAGCCGCGAGUAUACAAGCCUACACACUUGGCAUCGGCUACAGAUCUGAACACGAAGAAAAAAUUCGCGUUCUUGUCAACGGAGACGGUGCCUGAUUAUCGACCAAAGGAGUACAACGAACUAUCAGAAAAGAGCCAGAAGACCUCUAGUAACCAGAGCACAAAGUUUCACCAGCUCCAGCAGAAGUUCAACAACGUCGCGUUACAGAAUAAUAUUGUGUCAUCGACUAUCAACGACAACAAGGCGCUGGAAACUACAGAUAUACCAAAUAAUGAAGCUGAACUGCGAUUGGCUUACUUACGUCAAACCGAUGAACUGAGGUUAGUCAGGCGUCAACUUGCGAAUAGUCAGCUACGCGUUAAAGAAUUAGAAGAGCAAAUUCGAAAGCAUCAACAAAAAAGCUUGUAAUCAUAUACGUUUUUGAGUAAGGUAUGUAAUGUGUAAAAAAUUAGCUGAUGUUCUUUCGUUCGAACAUCUUAUAUUUUUCUUAAAAAAUUGGCAUCUAACGAUUAUUAAUAAUCGUUGUGCUAAAAGCGAGAGAAUCUAGAAUGUCAUUUCUAGCAUAUAGUAAUAAUCAACGUAUAGAAAAGUAAGUCUAAUGGAAAAUUUACAUCAAAUUUUCAGUAUCUAAUUUAUCAUACUUAUAUUGUACUGAAGGUGAGAAUUCACAGCUCAUUCUUUGUUUCACUUAGUAGAACUAUAGAGGGAGAACUUUUUGGUAUUAUCAGUUAUAAGAUAGAAUCUGUGAUUUGUUUCUUACGUUAAUUGAUUCAUUCCUUCACAAAUUUGGAAUAUAAAUUGUUUAAUCAUUGGCACGAUACUUUUUUGAUUAAUGAACUUAUUAAUUUAUUAUCAUUGCUAAAGAUUUAUACCACGUUUUUGGUGUUUAUUAUAUUUUAUUUUCAGAGAGUUAUAAAAAUAUUUACACUGCAAUCACUUGAUGCAAAUCUACUUUAUUAGAUUUGUCGAUACUUUUAUUUUUAAAAUAACAUAUAUACUGCUCAUAAGAUGAAUUAUUGUCUCAUGUCGUUUAGUAGUAUAAACUUGUGAUUUUCAUAUAAUUUAUAUAUGUCUAUGCUUGUAUGUGCGGUAAAUUACGUAAUAUAUAAUGUAUCACUCUUACAUUUCAAUUAAUAUGAAAGUAUUGCGUUCGAAUUAAGACUCAGUUAUUAAACAUUUAAUAACGAAUUAUUGAUUGUAAAAGAAAUUGUUGCGUAUCUCACCAAAAUAUUGAUAGAAAAAAUAACGACAAACAAUGAAUUGACAAAUAUUCUUGGACCAAAAUAAAUAGUAUAUUUCUGCCAAGUAAGGAUUAUAAAAGAGAUUGAUGAGAAAUUAUAUAAUAUUCAAAUGUAUUUUUAAUACCUCAUUAUUCAUCAGAUGUCGAGUAGUUUAAUAUCGAAUAAUAAAAUUUUACGACUAUUCGCGCUUGAAAACGUACAAUACUCCUUUAUCGAUUGCAAACAAGACAAUUUUUUCUCGUAGCUUUACGUGAAAGCAAUGUUACACAAGAAAAGAGUAUUCAACAGUUUUAUAUAAGAUUAAUAAAAUAUUUGCUUAGCCCAUGCGUGGUCACGAUAUUUAAAGAAUUUGUUCGUCGAGAAAGAUGAAUCAUUGUAAUAGAAACGCACUAAUCAUAUUAGCACUGUAUAUUAACUUAUAGCGUGCCUUUGCAAAGCAAAAAAGAAUAACAAUAAUAAUGAAAAAAGAAAAAAAAUACGUGAAACUGCCUUCAAUGUAUUUGCUCCUGUAGCUUCAAAGAUUUAGGGCGUUUAACGAAACGCGCGUUUUGUAUUUACAAAUGACAUAUUUUGUACUUUUUGCGUCGAUUAGUCGUUCACUACAUCUAUUAUGUAGUAGAGCCGACGGAAAUUUAACGACGACUAGCAGCAUGGGUCGAGCGUGCCAAAAAUUGGCCUUACAGAGAAAGAAAAGAUUUGCGAGCAUUCAUACCUUCUCGAUGUCGGAAGUACAUGCGCGAACGCGUACCGGCGCUUUGUGCGAUCAUGCCAAAGAGAAUAUAAAGCGAAUGUUGUGAGAAUUAUAUAAUACACAAAUGAAAUACACAUAAACAUAUAUUAUUGUAUACAAACCUAUAUAACGCUCGUCAUCGUUGUCUGACCUAAUUUUCGCAGGUAAAACGCGCGUGUGAUGCUAUUUCUGCACAACUAUACAAUUAUACACGAAAGUGAUGGAUAUUUGUAUGUACGAGAAAUACGGCAAGAUCGUCAAAAAUUUUUAAUGAUAAAAGAAACCUCUCAAUAAAAGAAACGAGUGUCAAGCAUUCAAAGUA